GGGGUUUCAGUAAGAAUCAUUCUUAACGAGAAACGGCUAACAAAGUGAAAGAAAUUGUAACGCUAUAUAAUAUACUUUGAGUUUGCUUAGGAUACGGUUUAUUUAAAUAAGGAAUGAAGAUGAAUCAGUUUAUUGUGUUAUGUUUGAUGUCACUCCUGAUUGUGAGAGGAAACAGUAAAUCUUUGGAUAAAUGGUUUGAUGGUAUGCAGUCUGACUCACAUUCAUGGUAUGGUGAUAUGGUAGAUUAUACCCAGAGAAGUAUUCCACGGGGAUGUGGAGGUAAACAAGCAGACGUUUAUUUCGUUAUUGACACAUCAGAUGACGUGUCGUCAGAACAACUUCAGAAGCAGACAGAUUUUGCAAAAGAACUAGUCACGAUCUUUUACAUGAACCAAGAUACAGUUCGUAUUGGGAUCAUUUCUUAUGGUGGAAAAGUUGAUAUGGUUACGGAGGCUGGCGAAUAUAACAAACAUCAUCAGAUCCGAGACGUCAUUGAUAUCAUCCCCAGAAUUGGAGGAAAGCGGGACAACGCCGGGGCCCUCAACUAUUUGAGAAACAAGGUUUUUACUCCGAGUUCAGUCAGACCUGAAGUUGGACACGUUGUGAUUAUGUUGACCAACGGCUUCUCAACUAAUGCUAAAUCUACUGCGAUGAACGCAAUUUUAUUAAGAAGUAAAGGAGUUUAUGUAUACACUGUCAGUGUUGGACCAACCGUGGACACGAGUGAGCUAGAAAGCAUCGCAUCUCCCCCCGCUCAGAAUUUCGUCUUUUCACAUGAAAAUCCACAACUGGCUGAAUCCCUGAUAAAGCUUCUACAUAUCAAGGAAUGUGACUAUCAAGUCAGUCCUCCAUUUGAAGGAGAAACAAAAAUAUGCGCACCCAAUCGUCCUGUCGAUAUUGUUUUCGGUGUUGAACAAUUAGGUCUUGGUACCAGACACGCUACAGAUAUAAUUAGUUUCGUAUACGAGAUCCUUGGAGAAUUUGAUUCCAACACCGAAAUCAACACAGCAGUGAUUCUGAGCAAAUCACCCAAUUACAUUAAUUUUGGAAAGAAAGUACAAAAGAUCAGCGAUGUCCAAGCCAAAUUAGCAAGUAUGAUAUUUCCUGAAAUGAGUCACCUAUUGAAGAAAAUUCGACGAACACUUAUUAGAGGCAAGAAAGACGUCCAGAAAACCGCCGUCGUUUUCAUCGAUAACAAUAUGGAUCUGACAAAGAAAGCUCUGAUCGAAGCCAAACGAAACAAGUUCAUGAAGAUAGAAACAUAUGUAAUUUACAUUGGAGAAGAUUAUAAUAAACCUGAAUUAGAGAUGAUUGCUAAUGGGGCUGACGGUUUAAAUGUUCUAAUAAUACCUAGCUAUGCUGACCUGUUAGAUAGCAAAGAAAUGAUUCUAAAAGCUAUUUGUCGAGGAUUUUAAAACAUCCAAACCAACGUGUUGAUGACCAAACGGCUUUUGAUACAAUGCUCAUUCCAAGAAGAUGAUUUGGCAGGGAAGUGCAAUAGUCCUAAUAUAAUCUAAUAUUCCGUCCUGUCUGAGACGCCAGACAUAAAUAUCAUACGUCAUUAAUUUAUGUGUACAUAAUAGAUAACGCAAAUCGUGGUAAAUGACUCAAGUGUGUUGCAAAUGCAUCAUAUAUGUUUUGUAUAUAUAACUAGAAUAAUAAACGUGCCCAGAAAGAGGGCGAUGUCAUAAAACGAAGGAAGUUCAUUCCAAAUAUAGUUUGUGUAUAUAUAUGUAUAAAAGAUAUUCUCAUGUUUUCAAUACUCAAAUUCACUGCCUUUUUUUUUUAUAAUUUUAUACUUUUAUACUUCUAUUGUAAACUCUAAGUCAAACGAUAUUUAUAAAUAUUUUGUGAUAAAUUGUGAUAUGAAAUGAAAUGAAAUAAAAUCUCCUUUAA